AUGGACUUCAUCUUGGAGAUUGCCAAGACAGCAUGGGCUGAAUUCAACUACUCUAGAAGCCUGGAAGACAAUCUUGUUGUUCUGAAAACCGAAAUGCAAGAGUUGAGUAGCCGGCAGUCUGAUAUAAAGAAUGCACUGAACACAGUGGAAGUAAUGCAAGCAAAGAAGCCGAAAGGAGAGGUGAGUUUAUGGCUGGAAAAUGUGGAAAAAAUUACAAGAGAAGUGACUAAGAUAGAAGAGGAUUCUAGGAAAGCAAUGACAUAUUUCUCGCUCUCGCGCUUGGCACUAGGAAAGCUUGUCGUAGAGAAGAUUGAAGAGGUGGUGAAGCUUAAGGAGAAAGGUCCCAAAUCAGAAGGGUUACUUGCUGAUCUAUUACCCGAAAGUGGAAGUAUGCCCAUGGUGAAACUUGUAGGUGGAAUGACAGCUGAAAAAAAUUUGCAACGGAUUUGGGAAUCCCUGAUGGAUGAUGAGAUCAGAAUAAUCGGUGUCCAUGGUAUGGGGGGAGUGGGCAAGACGACCAUCAUGACUCACAUCUAUAAUAGAAUAAAGAGUUCGGGACUAUUUGGCAUAGCCAUUUGGGUGACGGUGUCUAAUGAUUCUAAUAUUAGAAGAUUGCAAAAUGGUAUUGCACGAGAAAUAGGAUUGGAACUUUCUAAUGAAGACAAUGAAAUGAGAAGGUCAAUGAAAUUAUUUGAGGCUUUGAAGCGUAGGGGGAAGUUCGUUAUCAUCUUAGAUGAUAUGUGGAAACCAUUUCCACUGGAAAAGGUAGGGAUUCCCGAGGGCAAUGCAUACAAAAUAGUAUUGACCACUCGAUCAAAAAAUGUGUGCCGAGGCAUGCAAUGUCAAAAAAAGUUUGAAGUGAAGGUUCUUUCGAGAGAAGAAGCAUGGGAAUUGUUCAAGGCAAGGCUUGGGGCUAAUAUGGUGCUUUCUCUGGAGGUAGAACGGAUUGCAAAUCUUGUGACUGAAGAAUGUGGUGGUUUGGCACUUGGAAUCAUCACAGUAGCAGGUGCAAUGAGGGAAAAGGAUGACAUUAGAGAAUGGAGAAAUGCAUUAGAGGAGUUAAAAUGCUCAACGAUGGAGAUAGAAGGCAUGGAUGAUCAAGUUUUUCCAAUUCUGAAAUUUAGUUAUGAUCGGCUAAAAUCUGAGAGGAUUCGAUCUUGUUUCUUAUAUUGUGCUUUGUUUCCAGAGGACUAUGUACUCCACGAAAAAGUGUUGAUAAAGUAUUGGAUAGUAGAUGGAUUGAUAGAUGAUAUGGGAGACUGGGAAAAGGAACAAGACAAAGGCCAUACAAUAUUGAAUGGACUGAUAGAUGUAUGUAUGUUGGUAAGGAAGUACGAAGGUUGUAUAGUAAUGCAUGAUUUAAUAAGAGAUUUGGGCAUUGGAAUUAUAAGGAAGAGCCAUCGGUUUGUGGUCAAAGCUGGGAUGGGGAUAAGGGGAUCAAUUGGUGGAGAAGAAUUUACCGAAGAGAUUGAAAAAAUCUCAUUAAUGAGAAACGAAAUUGAAAUGCUUUCAGGCCAACCCAACUGCCCAAAACUCACCACAUUGUUGUUGCAAGAGAACCCUCUCUCAAGCAACAUUUCUCAUGAGUUCUUCAAUCGCAUGAACAGCCUCAGAGUUCUCGACCUCUCUAACACUGGUAUCGAGUAUCUGCCAGAAUCAGUUUCCAACUUGGAGAACUUGCAUAUACUCUUACUAAAUGGUUGUAAGAGGUUAAGGGAGGUACCUUCCUUAGCAAAGCAAAAGCGUCUAAGGCUUUUGGACCUCUCUCAUACUGGCAUCAAAGAAGUGCCACAUGGGACAGAAUGUUUAAUUCACCUCAAUGAGCUUCAUGUUUCAUCUGCUGAAGAGUGGGUUGCUUGUAAUUCCUUACUGCUUCCUGAUAGUAUUGUCAUGUUGACUAUGCAGAGAUGCGAACUGUCAAGCUUAUGCUGCCUGUCUCGCUUGCAACACUUACGGACAUGUAACAUCCAGUUUUGUAGCAUGAAGUGGUUGUUGCCGAUAGGAGACGACAUCACCAUAAUGUCUUUACUGUCAAUAGAGUCUCUGUUUCUAAUGGAUCUUCCGAAUUUUAGGGGUCUAUGUGAAAGAGUCUUGCUGCCUGGCUCAUUUGCAUGCCUUAAACUCCUAGAAAUCCGCAAAUGCCCUGUAUUGAAGAAUCUCAUGUCACUUGAAUUGUUUCGGCACCUUCAAUGCCUUGAAUACAUCAGUAUUACACGAUGCAUUGAGAUGGAGGAGGUGAUAGGAGGAGAAGAAGCUAUGGUUGAAGGAGGUGAUAACAACAAUACCAUCCUACUUCCAAACUUGAAGGAGUUGUAUUUGGGAAAUUUAUGGAAAUUGGAAAGCGUUUGUAAGCCGGUACUCAUUUGCCCUUCCCUUAUUAAUAUUGCUAUAAUGAGUUGUCAUCGGCUGAAGAAGAUCCCUCUUUCCUUGGGUAACUCAACAUCUUAUGUGGUUGGAAAUGUCGUAGGAAGCAAAGAUUGGUGGGAUGCGUUGGAGUGGGAUGAUCCCAACACCAAAUCACUCCUCCAACCUUUUUUCAAAGAAGGACAUGGAAUGAAAAGAAAAGCACAAGAUGUUGCUUCGACGUCGUCACGGCAGUGA